AAAAAAAAAUGACACUUCGUAUUAAAACGUCAAACGUAUAAUCUCCUACACAUUUUACCAUCACAAAAGCUCUAAAAUAUUAAUUCUGCGCAAUUAAUUUACUCAUAUUUGUUUAAAAUCACUAUUUUACGAGUUUAGUGAAUGUUAUCAGCUCAGUUGUUUCGCGCUGAGACGUAGAUACGCCAUGUUGGUUGAAAAUAAUAUGCCCCAAGGGGAUAUGCCAUUUUAUCGACAAGUUGAUUUGAGCGUGUAUUUCGUGCAUUGAAUAUCGCUGAUCGAGGAAACGUUGUUGCAAAGUGCAGUAGUUGCAUUAUAGUAGCGCGCCUACGUCGCAAACGCAGCCAAAAUGGAGGCACAGCCGGAAGCAGCACCACGGGACAUGAAAUUCAUCAGCGUGACCAGUUCUCUGCUGACGGACGAGCAGCGGGAAAUGUAUGAGUCCGUACUGUCAACGUGGAAGCCCGUUGAGUUUGAGCAACCCGUCAAGAGAUACAUAUGCCCAGAAUGCCACAAGGAAUUCAAGAACUACCAGAACCUGUACUUGCAUACCACUAGAGUGCAUUCUACGAGAGACUCCGCUGUCGUCUGCGAUGUAUGUGAUAAAACUUUCAAAAACAAACAUUACUUGUACAUGCAUAGAAUGAAUAAGCAUUAUUCUGAAGAUGAGAAGUGCUACUGUCAGUUUUGCAUGCAAGAGUUCCGAACGAGUCGAGCUUUGCACAUGCAUGUUAAGAAGUUUCAUCCUGCCGCGCUGCCGGAGAUCAAGUGUGAAGUGUGUGACAAACGAUUCUCAGUUCCUUACAAGCUGAAGUACCAUAUAGAAGCUUGUCAUAAAGACAAGAAGCAGUACAAAUGCCAGUUAUGCCAGAAAUUAUAUGCGAGCAAUUUAAAUUUAAACAGACAUUUACAGACCCAGCAUGCUGAUGUCAAACGACAUCCAUGCGUGUUCUGCCCUAUGACUUUCAAGUCGAAACAUCACAUGAAACGCCAUAUCUUAAACAUACAUCCUCCACUAGAAUCUAAAGCGACUUGCCCGGAAUGUUCUAGAGAAUUUAAAAACGAGAAAUACUUAAAAGAGCACAUGCAGAUACAUUCGUCUUUAGAGACCAAAGUGAAAUGCGAUAUAUGCGAUAAGUUUUUCCACUCUGCUAUUCGCUUAAAGAAACAUAAGAAAAUUGUGCAUCCAGAACCUAAGCCUAUGAUUCGUUGUGAUAAAUGUGACAAAGAAUUCGUGCAUGCACAUUAUUUGAAAAGACACUACAACGCUGUUCAUGUUGAAGUCGACGAGACAGAGUACCAACAUGAAUGUGACCAGUGCGGCAAAAAAUUCAAGAUCAGAAAGUAUCUGCUUAACCAUUUGCAACGGCAUGAACAGCAGCAUUUGAAGAGUUUAUCCAUGAUGGUGAAAACGGUUAUGGAAGAUGGGAAGGAAAUUGAGGUUCCUGGAAAGAGGCGAGGCAGGUCGAGGAAACAGCCUCCGAAGGAUAUAGAGUUUAUUAAGUGUGAGCCGGAAACCAGUUCAGAGUCCGGGUCGGAUGAAACUGAUACAGAAUCAGAGUAGAACUAAUGUAUUUCCUUGAGUUAAAAAAAACAAUUAAUGCCGCUUGUACAAACAACACUGUUAAAUGUUUAUUGGUGGACCUUAUGCAUUUUGUAAUAAAGUCCACCUAUGGACAGUUAACCUUUUGAACGCCAAACGGCGCAUCCAUUUGCCGUGCCACUGACGCCACGGGGGUAAAAUUUAGUUUUGUUAAUAAAUAAUGCCAACCUAAAAGUGGGGUGUUUUUCAGUAGAUUUUCAUCAAAAAACGCGAUCGUCAAAUGCCGUCUUUGGCGUCGUUGUCACGAUUUUGCGUUGACGUCAAUUGCCGUGUGUGGCGUUCAAAAGGUUAACAGUGUGGGUGAUGGUAGGACCGCCAGCCGCGCCGCCAGUCGCGUGGAUCCAGCUUUGUAGUUGUCUACCGCUCAUCAAGACAAUUCUAAAGAGCUCAAAAUCAUGAGCAGAUGGUUUUAUUACAGAGUUCCUAUAAGAACCAUAGCCUGUUAGCUAGUUAAACGACCAUGGGCAACUUUGUAUGGAGCCUGGACCCAACGCCAACAGAAAUGAGAGUAAGGUCAUUAGAUAGUUAUUUCUAUGUAGUUCAUUUUGUUCUACGGGCACCAAGCGGAAUUCCAUCGCAGAACUGAGAUAUUGGUAGUUAGCCAAAAUGUCGUCACCGUUAUUACCUAGGCAAUAAGAGACUGAGUAAAGUAAAUUAAUUGCUGCAGGGUAGAUGUUCGCGCACCACCGGGCGAGCACACUGAAUGAUUUGCCGCGCUCGCCCGGCGGUGGACUCUAUUGCCUAGGUAACAAGGGUGACGACAUUUUGACUAAUAUGUUACCAAAUUCUCAGUUCUGCAAUGGAAUUCCGCUUGGUGCCCAUAGAACGAAAUAAAAUACAGAGAAAUACCUAUCUAAUGACCUACCUCUCAACUCUGUUGAUUUUGGGGCAAUUUUGACGCAUAGUCCUUUCUGACGCAUAGACCAGAGAUUGAUAAUAGUUAGGUAAUAAAAAUAAAUAAUAACAAUUAAGCUUUAAUAAUUUGCGUAUCUGGUUAACUUUUCUUCUGUCCCAUCUGAUUAAAUUUAGAUUAGAAUUAAAGGAGCUGGCACCUUUUACUAGAUAGGAAUGAUUUCAUAGAGGUACAUAAUACCUACUUACAGUACCCGCAGCGGCGGAUUUGCCCUAAGGCCCGGGCCUAAAAUUUUGUCACAAUUUGCCGCCCUAAAAGGCGGCACAUUGUGACAAAAAAUUCGCUGAUGACAACAAGAAAUAACUCAAAAUGUCGUCAAUAUUAUGGGUGCUGCGAAAGGGGCGGUUAUAGGGCUUGGGGCCAAGGGCGGCAAAGACUGCAAAUCCGCCACUGAGUACUCGGCGAUAAAUAUUGCACAUCGGUCUUUAGAAAGAGAAUAUUGCAGACAGCGAGAGAGAGAGACCACACUCUCUGAAGCCGAAAUUCCGAUGUGCAAUAUUUAUUGUUGCAAAAAGUAUUAUGUGAGAUGUAUAGUUCGUUUUUUUAGCAUAAAGGUAAACAAUCUUGAUGUGUCUUUUAAUUGAAAAUACGUUUUAAAAAUAAGUCACGGCAAAUGUUGUAACAAUUAUGAAUCUAAUACGAUCAUUUAUAUUAUUCUGCUUUCAUAAGUAAUAGUUACUGAUUUUUAAAAAGCGUUUUUCAAUUAAAAGGCGUGUCAAGAUCGCUUACCUUCGUUCUAAUGCUAAAAAAAACGAACUAUAGUGACAUAAAACAUGUUGUAAAUAAUUAUGAAAUCUAUCUUGCUUUAUAAUUAAUCUAGUUCUAUGUUUAGCAAAUUGUACAAUAUUACUACCAUUAAUGAAUAUGUGUAUUUCGGAAUUUCAUCCUAUUAAAAUUUAAUAGGAUCUUAUUUAAUAAGACUUGGAGUUAGCCUCUGCUUUGAGUAAGAGCGAAAAUCUCAAAGCAAAGCCUGGGCAAAAAUGUUAACUUGUAGCCAUAAGCUAUGUUAGCAGUUAGUAGCACCCCUUCAAAACUAGUUGCUCUGUGAGCAUAGCUUAAAAAUCAAUAAAUGUAUGGCUCCGCCAUUUUGAAAAAGAUCCAAAAUCUGUAUCGACAAAAAAUCGAUUUAAUCAUCGAAACCUGGUCACAACCAUAUGGUCUUCCAUUCCCUGAGUGACACGGGCCUACGUCACAACAACAUGGCCGCUAUAUAUAGCGCUAUCGCAUAUUAUCAUAUAGCGCUGUCGCAUGAUGACGUAGGCCCGUGUCAGUUAGGUGACCUAGAAAAGACGGGAAUGGAGUACCAGGCGGAGUAUAUUAUUAUACCAUGGUCACAACAUUUUGCGAGAAUCGGUUGAGAAUUGCGAUUUGUAGAGGAGAACAUCCGGAGUAAUCCGGACAUGCGAAAGCAUUUCUGCCCAAGCUGGAACGGAGACCUUCGCUAACGCUCGGUCAUAAAUAUUAAUCGAAAAACACAAAAUGUGAAACCUAUAAAUGUACAAAGAUAGAUAAAAAUAAUAUGUAGAACUUAUUAAAAUUUACACAUUAUUAGAUACAAGGCAUAGAUACAAGUAGAAAAAAUUGUCAUAGCUGUAAAAUUGUUGUGCUUCGUGUUUCGUAUAAGAAUCGUUUCCUAUUUGGAUAUUGUAAACUAGGUAGGGUAAUGGCGUCAGUUUACCGCCCGGUGUCAGUUUCCGUCCACUUGACGGAUUAGCAAAUGAUACAUUUCAUUUAUAAUUUGCUUCUUGCGAAAUAUAAUUUUUAUGUAGAUAGAUAAAUUGUUUAGAUAUGAAGGAUUGCAAUAAGUCCAAAUUUGUGCAGCAAUGAAGGUUUAUAUUCAAAUUUCGUCAAGUGGACAGAAACUGACACCGGACGAAAACUAGCGCAAUGACCCUAUACCUAUUCCUUAGAUGUCUGCAGCUAGGCCAGCUAGUGUACUACGUUUUUCAUCACAAUCAUUUUAUUACAUGACAUCGUACCUGUGUUUUGAUUUAUCGAUUGUAUAUAAUUAACAUAACUAAUCAUGGUUGUUUAUAAAACUACGAUUUAUUACAUUUAUUUGCGACACCUUAAAUGUAUAUUAUAUUUUAAGCCCACUCCACACUCGUGCGCGAAUCGCGGCGCGAAGCCGCGACUGUGGAGUGGGCUUGAGACGUCUUGGUGUGUUUUUCUUUCUACUUUAUGUAAACCUUUUUGUAAAAAUAAGAACAGUUACUGUAGCUAAAUAUUAAACUCCCGUGAGACUCUAACAUAUUAAAAUGAUUUUAAACGGGUCACUUACGUAUUAAGUCGAAUAGCUCGACAUGUUUCGAUCCA